AUGGAGACCGCCUCGUUACGGCUGCAAAAGGAGGCCAAGGGAUACCUAGACUCACUGCGAGCCAUGACUGCCUCCCAGAUGCGCAUCGCCGAGACAAUAGACGCCUUUUACGGAGACGCCGGUGCUAAGGAUGGUGUUAGCAGAAGCUACAAACAGGCCGUGGAGGACCUCGACGCCGAGACGAUCAAGGCGCUAGACGGCCCCUACCAGCAAACCGUCCUCGAACCAAUCUCCCGCUUCUGCGCCUACUUCCCCGACGUGAACGAAUGUAUCAAGAAGCGCGGCCACAAGCUGCUCGACUACGACGCGCUGCGGGCCAAGGUCAAGAAGCUCGUCGAGAAGCCCGACAAGGACGUGACGAAGCUGCCGCGGGCCGAGAAGGAGAUGGAGAUGGCCAAGGCCGCGUAUGAGCAGCUCAACGAACAGUUAUCGACGGAGCUGCCGCAGCUCAUCGACCUCCGCGUGCCCUACCUCGACCCCACCUUCGAGGCCCUCGUCAAGAUCCAGCUGCGCUUCUGCGCCGAGGCGUACAGUCGCAUGGCCCAGGUGCAGCAAUACCUCGACGCUGACACGCGCGAGCAGUACGCCCAAGGCCAGCUGGACCAGCGUGUCGAGCAGGUGUUGCAGGAGAUCCGGGAGCUAAGCAUAAGCGGCACGGUAUGA